AUGCGCAGAAUACCCCAACUUCUCUGUGCUGCCUCGCCAGCCAGGUCUAUUCCGUCCUGUCUUCCGACCACAGCUAGCAGAUUCCAACAACUCCAAGCUCGAACUAGCCCCCUCUUCUCAAUACACGCCAUUUCCUCUCAGACACCCCUCCGCAACUCCUCAACAUCGAACUCCCCUUUCCGCCUCACAACGCAACCUACCCCUGCCCGCACGGAACCCGCAGAUCCCGCCGAACAACAACAAUCACAACCCUCGCAUGAAUUCCCAGAAGAACCCCCCUCCUCCUCCUCAGAAGUCUACUACAGCCCUUACAAGCCAAAACGCACCUGGCCACCGGACAUGACAAAGCUCAGCCCAAAACACCAGUUCCGGCUCGAGCGCAAAUACCGCCGGCGCGCGGCGCUCAAGUAUGCGCGGCCGAAGUGGACCAAGGCGACCAAGUUGGCGCAGGGGGGUGCGAUUGCGUUUGUCAUCAUAUACGCGCUACUGUUCAUGGAGUGGGAUGAGAGGGGGGCGACUCCUAUCGAGGAGUUCCGCACAUAUAUUUUCGGCUCUAUCAAGGAUGCUUUCUCGGCGCCUCCGUCUCCGGCUUCGAUGAGGCGUCCUGACCGUUCAGUUAAGGAUUGA